UUUUGCUCUGGCUAGCUUCUCCUUUAGGAAUCCAACGUUCCUCCUUCUCGUCAACUCACAUAGUUGCGUAGUGAUAUCUUUGUGAUUUUCAUGAAUUUAUUAUCAUGAAGAUCAUCUCACUGUUAUGGCCAAUUUUAAUACCGGUAUGGUGUUACGGUCAAGUAAUAGACAUUGGAGGAAUAUGGGAGAUACAGUGCCCUCAUAGCUGUAACUGUCAGAUAGAAAAAUUCUCCGACUUACCCUUACAUCAGUGGGCUAAAAUAAACAUGAACAAUGAAGAGGAUUCAGAUGGUGAACAAAUUUACUGGGGAAAUGUGGACGACUAUCAACCAAUGGCAAGUGAACUGUUAAAGGUUGCUACUUGUGUGCUGGUGGACGAGCCUAGGCACCUUUUCGCCACUCUUCCAUCCGACUUACAGGUAUUCACUAUUCUAGAAUCUGGAGACGGAGACAAAGAAAUGAUUUUGAAAUCCGCAGAUAUGAGUCGUUUCUCAGACCUAAUAUCCCUAAAUAUACAGGGAAUGGAAUAUAAAGAUAGGCUCAGAAAUUCUAGGACCAGGCACGAUUUGAGUGAUGGAAAAUAUGGGAUAGUUCUAGAUGUUGAUGCACUAUUGCCACUGGGUCCUACACUACGCUACUUAAAUUUGGAACGAGUGACACUCCUCAGCUCAAGUACAACUGAUAGAAUUGUGAAUUUAGUCAUGAAGCCUGUCAACCAGCAUAAUAAUGACAAAAAAGUGGAAAAGCUCAAUCCUAAGGUCAAUCAUAAUGGAUUGAGGCUGAUAUUUUUAAGUAAUGGCGGUGAUAGAGAAAACGGAAGUGAGGAAGAGCGUGAAAUAUUGCCUUACAACGUUUAUAAGCAAGAAGUCGAGGGCCACAGAGAAACCGUUGGACUAUUCACGGGCCUCAGUAAGCUAACGCACUUGAGAGCCUUCGAUUGCUCACUCAAAGACAUCUCAUGGCAGAUGUUCGAUGGAUUGGAUAGCCUUAUUUCUCUUUCACUAGAAAAAAACAACCUCAAAUUUAUUCCAGUGUUUUGUUUUUACGGAACCCCUGUACUUCAGUCACUUUCUUUGGCCAACAAUCGACUUCUUACUUUGGAGAGUAAAGAUUUGGCCGGACUUUUAGCACUAGAACGAUUAGAUUUACGUGGAAAUAAUUUAACUUUCUUGUCAGAGCUUUCGUUUCCACCUUUUCCGGUUCUGAUCGAGGCUGACUUCACGGGAAAUCCACUUGAAGCCGUAUUUCCAAGUACUUUCGAGAUAAUGAACGCUACCACCAAGCUAUAUCUUGGAGGAGAGGAGGUGCUGUUGAAAUUGCAGCAUAAUUCAUUUUUGGGACUCCGUUUGUUGGAAGUUUUGCAUUUGUUUAAUUUAGAUGUAAGAAUACUAGAGCGUUUCAUGUUCAAGGGAAUGCCUGUGCUGAAAGAGAUGAAAAUUCGUGGAAAUAUAACAAGGAUAGACUUUGAUGCAUUUAUCGAGGUCAAGAACCUGGUUGAUCUGGAUCUGAGUAAUUGCCAAAUCCAAGAUAUAUCCAUGGAUGCCUUUUACGGGCUGGAAAAAGUUAGGCGUAUUGAUCUAUCUUGGAACAAUUUAGAAUCUAUUCCACCAGGCCUAUUCUCGCUUCAGCAACAAAUUGAGCUCAGGGAAAUAAUUCUCAACAAAAACAGACUGACCACAUUGCCACUGGACUUCUUUAAGAACCUAAAAACUCCCGACAGACAACAUCAGAUUACAAACGUAAGAUUGGAUGGAAACCCAUGGGAAUGCAACUGCGCCAUGAUUCAUUGGAAUCCUAAUCUGGCAAACCGAGUUAAAGAAACAGCGCCGCGUUGUAUGACACCUAAAAAAUUGCAAAAUUGGGGUGUUUUCUACGCUCUACGUAAAGGAGGACUACAUUGCAGACGUAUAAAACGUCGACAUCAUCGCGGUAACAGUCAACUCGCGAAUUUUUUUGAGAAGAAUGAUAUAAGUUAAAUAUCAAUUGAGGGUAUACUUUACAGUGUCGCUAUAAGUUUAUAACGUACUUUCAUGAUAAUAAAGUCAACGCUCAUAAAGUGGUGCACAGAAAAUGAAUGAAUCAAAAAACCAUUAUUCUGUACAAAAUUUAAGAAAAAUUGAAUAUAAACCAA